AGCAGCGGGCGCCCGGCCCCGCCCGCGCCCGCCGGGCCGCCCGCGCCCGCGCCCGCGCAUGGAGCGCGGCCCGCCGGCACAGGACGCGCGCUACCAGCUCGCCUCGGCACCCGUGGUCUGCACGCUGGUGGCGCUGCUGGUCGCCCUGCCGGCGGUCCUGUCGCUCCGCUUCGCCGGCUGGCUGCGCCGCCAGGAGGAGGACGAGCCGCCUGGCAGCAGCAGGGACGGCUCCGAUCGGGCCGAGGACGACACCCAGCGGCUGCUUGUCCCAGGCGGCGCCGGCAGAGCUGCGGCGCGCUCGCCCCGGCGCCUCCGGCGCCGGCGGUCCCAGGGCGCGGGGGUCUGAGGCUCCGAGGCCCUGCCCGCCGGUCUCGGAUCUCGAGGGGCCGCCUGCCCUGCUGCCCCGCCCCCCCCCCCUCGCCGUGUGAUCGCUUCGGCCCUCUCUCUCUCCCGCCAUGGCUGUGGCAG